GUGAGGCCACUGACUGCUUUGAACUACGCAGGUUAUUGACCAGAGCGGUGCGCAGCUUGGGGAAUAUGAAGAUGUAUCGCGGGUGGAGAAAUUCGAGAUAAGCGAUACGGAAUACGGCAAAAGAACAGAUUCAGCCCGCUCCUUUUUGAAACGCAAUAGACUGGGGCAGUUCAAUGAAGAAGAAAUGGUGAAGAAAGAAGCCGAGCAGAAGCUGAGGCAGACGGAGGAGAAGACCCUGGCCGAAGCUAUUCCCGUGGGAUCGAGGUGUGAGGUGCGGGUGGUGGGGCAGCCGAACAAACGUGGGACAGUGAUGUACGCUGGUGUAACAGAGUUCAAGCCCGGCUACUGGAUCGGCAUCAAGUAUGAUGAACCUUUGGGGAAGCACGACGGCAGCGUUGGUGGAAAGCGGUACUUCGAAUGCCCGCUGAAAUACGGAGCCUUUGUGAAGCCCCAGCAAGUUACCGUGGGGGAUUUCCCAGAGGAGGACUACGGACUGGACGAUGAGAUGUGAAGGGGGGGCAAAGAAACUGGGGAAGGGGGGGGGAGAGGUGCAACCGUCUCCUUUUGCUCCACCGCCUCAGUUGCUGCCGCUUCUGUGGGGCACCGCUGCUGCGUGCUGCGUUCCUACGGAUGAGCCGGCGGGAGAAGACCUGGCAGCUGCUGUCUUUUCAUUGAUAUUUGGGUUGCUUUCCUUUUUUUCCUCAGUCGUCUGGGUCCGUUCACUGAAGAUGCCAGGCCCCCUGGUACGUUCUCAUAUGCUUGCCCUUCUGUGCCAGUGGGUGAGGUAGAGAACGCUGGAGUGACUCCGAUUUGUAGUAGCAAUGUGUGAAGUGGGGCCAGGGGGCGGGGUCUGCUCCCCCCCACCCCCCCGGCUGUAGAGCUGAGUGGUUCCCAAAGCGGUUAGGUUUGAUUUAAACGUGUUGCCACCAGCAAGGCAAAAGGACUCUGCUGUGGGGUGUAGUGUGUGUGUGGUGUCUCGUGCAAACUCAGCUGCCCCUGCUGCAAAGCAACCUUGUGGUCCUGGCAUCGUGUUGUGCAGGCAGUGGCUCAGUCUGUACUGUCACAAGGCCCCCCAGGAGAGCGAUUUGGUGUCAUCUUUGAAUCAGACCCCCGCAUAACAUGUUGAUGCCCCGUCUGAGAUCCUUUCUGCAAAUCUAAACCGGGACGUUUCUGUGACCAUACUUUUCUUCUUCUUUUUUGCCAAUGUUAAGAAUUAUUAUUUUUGUUGUUUUGUGUUGUCGGUUGACGCAAUGUGAUAAUUACAGAUUUUUGAAAAACAGUGUGGGAAGGAGAGAAAUACAUUCCAUGCAGGCGUA